AAAAGAGAGAGUGUGAUCUUCCAGAAAACAGUCUACAGCUUUGUUCAUCUGAGCGUUCAGGAGUUUCUGGCUGCAGUCUACAUGUACCACUGUUACACCAGCAGGAACACAGAGGUACUGGAGGGUUUCCUGGGAAAAGAGUGGGCAUAUGAAUACCAUGACUGUUUCCUGACAGAUAAUGAUGACCAUGACUCAUCUCUGGAUGACUUCCUGAAGGGAGCCAUGGAGAAAUCUCUCAGGAGUAAAAAUGGCCACCUGGACCUGUUUGUCCGCUUCCUUCAUGGCCUCUCUCUGGAGUCCAACCAGAGUCUCUUAAGAGGUCUGCUGGGUCAGACAGACAACAGUCCAGAAACCAUCCAGAGAGCCAUCAACAACCUGAAGAAGAUGAACACUGAGGACAUCUCUCCUGACAGAAGCAUCAACAUCUUCCACUGUCUGAUGGAGAUGAACGACCGCUCAGUACAUCAGGAGAUCCAAGAGUUCCUGAAGUCAGAGAACAGAUCAGAGAAGAAACUCUCUGAGAUCCACUGCUCAGCUCUGGCCUACAUGCUGCAGAUGUCAGAGAAGGUUCUGGAUGAGUUGGACCUGAACAAGUACAACACAUCACAGGAGGGACGACGGAGACUGAUCCCAGCUGUGAGGAACUGCAGAAAGGCUCGAUUAAAGUUCUGCAGUUUAUCAGAGAUCAGCUGUGCUUCUCUGUCCUCGGCUGUGAAGGCCAACCCCUCCCAUCUGAGAGAGCUGGACCUGAGCUUCAAUGUGCUACAGGAUUCAGGUGUGAAGCUCCUGUCUCUUGGACUGGAGAGUCCAAACUGUGGACUUAAGAUUCUGAGAUUGAGGAACUGCAGUUUGUCAGAGGUCAGCUGUGCUUCUCUGGCCUCAGCCCUGAAGUCCAACUCCUCCCAUCUGAGAGAUCUGGAUCUGGGUGAAAACAAGCUGCAGGAUUCAGGAGUGAAUCUGCUUUCUACUGGACUAGAGAGUCCACACUGCAGACUGGAGACUCUGAGAUUGAGGAGCUGCGGUUUGUCAGAGAUCAGCUGUGCUUCGCUGGUCUCAGCUCUGAAGUCCAACUCCUCCCAUCUGAGAGAACUGGAUCUGAGUUACAAUAACCUGAAGGAUUCAGGACUGAAGCUGCUGUGUGAUUUUCUGGAGAGUCCAGACUGUAAACUGGAGACUCUGAGAUUUAGGGACUGCAGUUUGUCAGAGAUCAGCUGUGCUUCUCUGGCCUCUGCUCUGAAGUCCAACUCCUCCCAUCUAAGAGAGCUGGAUCUGAGUAACAACAAGCUGCAGGAUUCAGGACUGAAGCUGCUGUCUGGUUUUCUGGAGAGUCCAGACUGUAAACUGGAGACUCUGAGAUUGUGGGGCUGCAGUUUGUCAGAGAUCAGCUGUGCUUCUCUGGUCUCAGCUCUGAAAUCCAACUCCUCCCAUCUGAGAGAGCUGGAUCUGAGCUUCAACAAGCUGCAGGAUUCAGGAGUGAAGCUGCUGUGUGAUUUUCUGAAGAGUCCAGACUGUAAACUGGAGACUCUGAGAUUGUGGGAUUGCAGUUUGUCAGAGAUCAGCUGUUAUUAUCUGGUCUCAGCUCUGAAGUCCAACUCCUCCCAUCUGAGAGAACUGGAUCUAAGUAACAACAAGCUGCAGGAUUCAGGACUGAAGCUGCUGUCUGGUUUUCUGAAGAGUCCAGACUGUAAACUGGAGACUCUGAGAUUGUGGGACUGCAGUUUGUCAGAGAUCAGCUGUGCUUCUCUGGUCUCAGCUCUGAAGUCCAACCCCUCCCAUCUCAGAGAGCUGGAGCUGGGUGGAAACAAGCUGCAGGAUUCAGGACUGAAGCUGCUGUGUGGUUUUCUGAAGAGUCCAGACUGUAAACUGGAGACUCUGAGAUUGUGGGGCUGCAGUUUGUCAGAGAUCAGCUGUGCUUCUCUGGUCCCAGCUCUGAAGUCCAACCCCUCCCAUCUCAGAGAUCUGGAUCUGAGUAACAACAAGCUGCAGGAUUCAGGACUGAAGCCUCUGCGAGAUCUUCUGGAGAGUCCAGACUGUAAACUGGAGACUCUGAGGUUGACUGAUUCUAAAGGUUCACUUGUCACAUUGACUGGAAACCAGAAGAUGGUUGGUUGUGUGGAGGAAAAGAACAAAUCAGAGUCUCCAGCAUCCACCUGUGAGUCCAAACAUAUUCCUCCAGACUUCAGAGAUGAAGCUGGACCCUCACACAUGAAGGAGGAGAACACACCAAACAGAGCUACACCUGAUGGACAUGAAGGAGAUGGCUCUAAUCUCUCAUCACAUCCGUCCACAUCCAACACAACCCUCAAUGUGUCUGAGGACAGCAGAGAUGAUCAGGAGGACUUCACACCCAACAUGCUGACUGAGUCUGCAAACAUUUCAUACAGGUUCAGCUGUCCUGGUCCAGGUGUGUUCAGGUGUAAUUCGACUGGACUCAUGUUUGUUAUGACUAAGGAGGCGGAGCUACAGUACAGGACUGUCCAAUGGGAUGAGAGAGUCCUACAACCAGCUGGUAAAACAGCUGCAGGGCCGCUGUUCAACAUCCAGUCCAGUCCUGAAGAUGCUGUCAGUCAGCUCCACCUGCCACACUGUGAAACCAUGGAUGCUCCGCUCCCUGAAGGUCUGCUGUCUGUCGUCCACAUCACUGAUGAUGUAAUGAGCAUCCUGAAGCCGCUGGAGAUUACCGACACUCAUGUGGUUGUGAACGUCCCUCACCUCUCUGCCUUUGGUCUGGUCUUUGUACUGGAUUAUAUUAACAGCUUUUUUAACACCAGAAGGCCAAUUAAUGGCCACGUUCUGCUGUUCCUCCGACCACAACAAUCAGAAACACAGAAGCAGUAUCUUGACGUGUUUCUCCUGCCGAGGAACGUCCCUCUGUCAGAGGUAAAACUUAAUGUUGCUAUGUUACAGCUUCACUUUCAGUCCUAA